GUCAAAACGUAGCUCCUUUCAACAAGGCAUGGCACGAUGAAGUGGCAUUCCGCCAUCUUGCGCGCGAAUAUUGCUCGGGCCACCUUGCAGAUGACCUUGAACAGAUGCGUGUAGCCGAGAUGGCUGGAUACUCACCUUCCAUUGCGCCUGACGAGCUUGCUGGCUCAGCUGGACCGGUUCCCCUCGCCCCACUGAGUGAAGGGCCAAGCAACGACCCUGGCGACUCUCAUGGCCCUGAAGUAGAUAUGCCACCCUCAGAAGAUGCCAUGUGUUGUGAGAUCUCCCUUGAUGUUUUCUUGUCAGACAUCCGGGAUGAUGCAUCCUUGUGGCAGGUCCUUGAAGAGUGUGCCAUGGUGACACCGAAACCGGGUCAGUAA